AUGGCUAAGCCCCCGGCGGCGGCGGCGGCGGCGGCGGCGGCGGCGGCGUCGGAGGAGCUGAGCCAGGUGCCGGACGAGGAGCUGCUGCGCUGGAGUAAGGAGGAGCUGGCGCGGCGGCUGCGGCGUGCGGAGGGCGAGAAGGUGGGCCUCAUGCUGGAGCACGGCGGCCUGAUGCGCGACGUGAACCGGCGGCUGCAGCAGCACCUGCUGGAGAUCCGCGGCCUCAAGGACGUGAACCAGCGGCUGCAGGACGACAACCAGGAGCUGCGCGAGCUCUGCUGCUUCCUCGACGACGACCGGCAGAAGGGGCGCAAGCUGGCGCGCGAGUGGCAGCGCUUCGGACGCCACGCGGCCGGCGCCGUGUGGCACGAGGUGGCCCGCUCGCAGCAGAAGCUGCGCGAGCUCGAGGCGCGCCAGGAGGCCCUGCUGCGCGAGAACCUGGAGCUCAAGGAGCUGGUGUUGCUGCUGGACGAGGAGCGCGCGGCGCUGGCGGGGGGCGCGGGCGGCGCCGGCGGCGCAGGCGGCGGCGCCGGCUCCCGCAGUUCUAUCGACAGCCAGGCCAGCCUGAGCGGGCCACUGGCCGGCGGCACGGCAGGCGCGGGGACCCGCGACGUGGGCGACGGCAGCAGCACGUCGAGCGCCGGCAGUGGCGGCAGCCCGGACCACCACCACCACGUCCCGCCCCCGCUGCUGCCCCCGGGCCCGCACAAGGCCCCCGACGGCAAGGCCGUCGCCACGCGCAGGUCCCUGGACGACCUGUCGGCGCCACCGCACCACCGAAGCAUCCCCAACGGCCUGCACGAUCCCUCGUCCACCUACAUCAGGCAGCUGGAGACCAAGGUGAAGCUGCUGGAGGGGGACAAGCUCCUCGCACAGCAGGCAGGCUCUGGAGAAUUCCGGACGCUGCGGAAAGGCUUCUCCCCAUAUCACUCGGAGUCCCAGCUCUCCAGCCUGCCGCCCUCCUACCAGGAUUCCCUGCAGAAUGGCCCAGGUUGCCCGGUUCCUGAGCUGUCCUCGCCCCCCUCCGCUGGCUACAGCUCUGUGGGACAGAAGCCCGAGGCCGUCGUGCACGCCAUGAAGGUCCUGGAGGUACAUGAAAACCUGGACCGGCAGCUCCAGGACAGCUGUGAGGAGGACCUGAGCGAGAAGGAGAAGGCCAUUGUCCGCGAGAUGUGCAACGUGGUCUGGAGAAAACUGGGGGACGCCGCCAGCUCUAAGCCCUCUAUCCGGCAGCACCUGUCUGGGAACCAGUUCAAAGGGCCCUUGUAGGGCCGUUCCUCUGUGGACGUGGACUGGCCCUGCCUGGGGUCUGCAGACACGGGCAGGCCCUCGCACCGAGCCACUGUCUUCUUCUUCUGUGCUGAAUUGUACAUAGUACGCUGCCUGCCACAGCCUGGCUGCCAAGGGUCCGAUUCCAUCUCCCGCCUCUCACACCAGCACACCGGGAGGACUGUUUCCUGCAGCAGAGCGGCCUGGACAGCCUUGUUCCUGCUCGGGGGCCUGGGCUCUGGGUGCCACUGGCGAGAGGCUGAGGCUGCUCUGAGAUCCCAGGCCCAGGGACUGGCCCAGGCUGUGCCCAGCUUUGGUGGAGGGGCACCUCAUCAAGCCCUUCACCCCUGGACGCCACCUGCACUGGACAGAGGCCACUGGCAGCUGGACUGACGCACGGGGCACCACUUCUGACCCCCUGCUGUGGCCUGGACGCCGGCUUGCUCAGCACUGGGUCCCGAGUCGCGGACAAGGCCCCUCCUCUGGCCCCUGUGCCCAGGCUCCCUGCUGCCAGCCGCUGCUUGGCUUUAGAGCUCAUGCCCCCCACUCCCAGACACACACUCUCUGCUGUGGCCCUCGCCUGGUGCCAGGCUGUGCCCUAUCUUUGGGGGGGGGGUCCCUCCUGCCCAGGGCCUGAGGCACCUCCAUAUCUGUGUGUCACAUAAUGAGACAUGCACACCCCUCUCUGCCUGGGUGGCACUGGGCCACGGCCGGGCCUCUGCUCAGGAAUGGUGUUCCCCAGAACCUAACCCCUUCCUGGAUCACUGUAGACAGAGCCACGUGACUGCAGGUGAAGGACUUCCCUCCUUGGGAGGGGCCCACCCUGGCUCUGGCUUUCAUUUUCCUGUGUGACCUUCAGCAAGUCACUCAGCCCCUCUGGGCCCCUGGUGGGAGAAGGAGGGCUCAGAGGUUCUUUCAGCCGUGCCCAGGGUUGGAGGCCAUCAGCUUUAGUCAGCCUACUGCCUCUUCCACAGCACACGAGCCGCGGGCGCCUGCCGGCUGGAGAGGCCGCUGGUGAGUGGGCCGGGGGAGCCAAGGCCCAGGCUGCCUCCUCUGAGGGCUCGGGGAUCAAACAAGACCUUCAGUGUAGAACGGUCAGGUUUAACUGUAAAGUGAGACUUGAAUUUUAAAAUGUGUGUGGGACAGUGCGGCCCAGAGGGGGUGAGUGACCUGUGGCUCAUUGCAGAUCAGAUCCCAGAGCCUGGAAGGCCAGGCCAGGCCACUGUUACUAACGCUGUAGUGACCAGCCCUGGCGUCCUCUAGCUGUUGCACGUUCCUCCAUCACCAUCGGACUUCCUCACUCUUCAGCGGUACUUAGAGCUGCGUGCAGCUGGCCAUCAGGGAGCCCAAGGCUGUCUUGGCGUCAGGCAGGCCUCGUCCAGGCUCACGUGAGGGAUGGGGACCAGGUAGGGGGUGGACGAGGCCACCCUGUUCCUCUCCCCAGUGGGGACUCCGAGCAGCUCUUACCGCCUACCUGCCAUCGGUGCCCUUGGAUCGAUGCUCUCAGGGGAAAAGCCCGAGGCCCUCACUGUGCCCAGGGAGUGGGAGGUGGGUGCUGUGCACGGCGACAGGCACAGUCCUUUUGCCCUGAGUGUUACAGGGAGCUGUGGGCUCUCCAGAAGGAGGUGGCUCUCAGGUUAGGCGGUGAGCUCCCUGUCACUAGGGGUGUGCAUCAGGAGCUGGGUGAACAUCCUUGGUCCUGGUUGGGGGUGAUUCCUGCCCAAGUGGGCGGCGAGCUGGGUGGCAGAGGCCCUUUCUGGGUCUUUAAGUCCAAAGAACUGCAGAGCAGCCCAAGGGGUCAUGAGGCCCUUUUGGGUGGGAGCCGCGUCUGGGAGCCCAUGUGUCACGCUUGGGCCACUUUGGCUUGGCCACCACUGAAAAUAAGCAAUAAGUCAGGUCUCCUGCAAACUGACCCAGGGAAGAGCAGCCUCAAAGGGACCAUUCCCGCUGGAGGGAAGUGACCCGGCCCCUGAUGCUGCAGUGGUGUCCAGGGAGCGGGUGACAUCUGUCAGAGUGGCCUCCCACCCACCGUGGAGACGGCACCCUCCAGGUGCAGACGCCUCCUCCCUGCCCCUGCUCGUGUCCUGGAGCCAGCCGUGCACAGGGUGUCUUUCUAAGACAGAACUGUGCCUGAGACAGUCCUCUCUCUAGCUCCCCUGCCUGCCCUGCCGCAGCACAGGGCGCAGCUGCAGUGGGAGCCAGGCAGGGAGGGUCAGGUGGGUCUCACUGCAGGGGCCAGGUCAGGGUGAGUCCCUCUGCCACGAGCAGGGAGUGUGCGGAAGGUGACCCCCCCCCCCCCCAAAA